ACAUAUUCUUGAAAAAAAAUCAUAUAUCCAAACCAGAUCAAAUUUCGUUGUAUUUUUUUUUUUGUGUCCGUUGUAUGCAAACGUUUUCAUAAUUUUGAUAAUAUUUCAUUGGAGCCUAUUCGGCCAAUUUUUGAGCUGCAAUGUCGCUGUCCAUGGUAUUGGAUGGUUUUUUAAUGACUUGUUUUUUUACGCGCUCGAUAACAGCCCAUGUUGACAUUACAGUGCAACAUUAUUUCAACAGGACUUUUCAAAUGUAAUUGAUCCGUAUUGCUGAAUCAUUAUGACUUAUGACACUCAAUAUUUUUUUUAUUUGAAUUGUUCCAAGGCUAGAUGGUAAUGUUAAUAUUAAUAAUAAUAAUAAUACACUGCACGUGCUGCAGAUUGAAAAGUUAAUAAUUUUGUUACAUAUUCUUGAAAAAAAAUCAUAUAUCCAAACCACAUCAAAUUUCGUUGUAUUUUUUUCUUUUUUUCAUUUUGUGUCCGUUGUAUGCAAACGUUUUCAUAAUUUUGAUAAUAUUUCAUUGUAGCCUAUUCGGUCGUGGCCCUUCAAUAGAUAUCUUCCGUGCAUAUUUGCACACACUGGCAGGGCUGCAUUUCGCUCGCAGCUGCACUUUGUCCGCUGUGCCUCGCUCGUCCUUCCACAUUUUGGACUCUAAGAGACGCUGUUGGCCUGUAUAUCAUUUGGCGUGUGUUGUCGUCAUGCAAGUGACGAGGCACUCAAGCAGAUUUUCUCUCUUUUGUUGGCGGCGAGGUGAAAGAACGACGGUCUGCGCUUCGCAUUUAUUUGCACGUCAGCUUCGACGUGGUGAGCAGGAAACGGAUUAUUGACCGAAACAUAUCAUCGCUGUCUUUUGAUUUUCGUCCUGAUGGAUGUUCGCGGGCCUCGCCUUUUCUGGUGCGCAACAUGGAGGUUGUUUUUUGGAUGGCGACGGCAAAUAGCAACGCUCGUGUUUCUGCUUCGUUUGGUCACCACGGUAGUUGGUCAGAUUCGUUAUUCUAUUCCCGAGGAGAUGAAGAAAGGCUCCGUGAUCGGAAAUGUGGCGCGAGAUCUCGGGUGGGACAUGAAGAGACUCGUUUCUGGGCGCGCCCGCAUUUUGACAGAGGACAACAUCCAGUACGCGGAGCUGAAGACAGACAAAGGGCUUCUGGUCGUCAACGACAGAAUUGACCGAGAGCAUCUUUGUGGAGAUGUGACGCCGUGUAGCUUCAGCUUCGAGAUCAUUUUAGAAAACCCCAUCGAGCUGCACAGGAUCAUUGUUGAGGUUUUGGACAUCAACGAUCAUGCCCCCGUUUUUGCAAAUCAGGAUGAAGCGCUCAUGUUUGAAAUAAGUGAAUCUGCUGUUGUUGGAGUCCCGUUUCCCCUGCCGAGUGCUGAGGAUCAAGAUGUGGGGCAAAAUGCGUUGCAAAAUUACAUUUUGUCAGCUAACGACAAUUUUAUUCUGAAUCAGCAUGCAAAUCCAGAUGGCAGAAAAUAUGUGGAAAUGGUGCUCCAGAAGCCGUUAGACAGAGAGAGACGUCCCCGCUUGUCUUUCAAAUUAAUUGCAGUUGAUGGAGGAACGCCACAGAGAUCCGGUACCGUCAAUAUAGAAAUAAAUGUCUUAGAUGCAAACGACAACAGGCCAAUGUUUAAUCAAUCGGAAUAUAAAGCAUCUAUUUUGGAGAACACAAUGACAGGAAGAAGUAUAAUUCGAGUCAAUGCUACAGACGCUGACAGUGGUUCCAAUGGACUCAUCACUUACAGUUUGUCGCGAAUGAAAGGAAGCGCAGCAGAUAUAUUUCAAAUUGAUGGAAACACUGGCACAAUUUACGUGUCUGGUCAAAUCGACUAUGAGAAGAACAAAAAGUAUGAAGUGAGAGUGGAAGCAAAAGAUCAAGGUGGGCUGACUGGGACCAGUAAAGUUAUAAUUGACGUGAUUGACGUCAAUGACAAUGCUCCAGUAAUUAACAUAAAAUCAUUUUCAAGUCCUCUGUCCGAGGAUUCACCGCCCGGUACAACAGUUGCAGUUCUGAACAUCAAAGACAUCGACUCUGACAGAAACGGAGAAAUCAAAUGUUCCGUCGAUGGAAAACUUCCCUUUAAACUGGAGACGUCGCUCACAAACUAUUACAAUUUAAUUUCCGAUCACUAUUUUGAUCGAGAAUCCGUCUGGGAAUAUAACAUAACAAUUACAGCCACUGACCUCGGAACGCCUCCUCUUUCCAGCUCAACAAAGUUGCAUCUUCGAAUCUCCGACGUGAAUGACAACGCGCCUGUAUUUGAUCAAAACAUUUAUUCCGCUUAUGUCGCGGAGAAUAAUUCUCCCGGUGUUUCCGUCUUGGCCGUCACUGCUCGAGAUGCUGAUUGGAAUCAAAACGCCAGAAUAUCUUAUCUUUUAGAGGACACUCAGAUUAGUGGCAGUCCAGUUUCCACCUUUGUUUCUUUGAAUUCUCAAACCGGCGUCGUCAGCGCCGUGCGCUCCUUCGACUACGAGCGGAUGAAGCGGCUGGACUUUGCGGUGCGAGCGCAGGACGGAGGCUCCCCUCCUCUCUGUAGCAACGUGAGCGUGGGCGUCCUGAUCCGGGACCAGAACGACAACGCCCCUCAGGUCCUGUACCCGGUCCAGCCGCACGCCGAAAUGGUGCCUCGUUCGGCAGACGCGGGCUAUCUGGUGACUAAAGUGGUGGCCGUGGAUGUGGACUCUGGACAGAACGCCUGGCUCUCCUAUAAAGUGCAGCACAAAUUUGGGGGCGCAGACAGGGGGGCGCUGUUUGAAGUGGGCCUCCACAAUGGAGAAAUGCGAACUGUCCGCCAAGUGACUGAUAAAGAUGCUGUCAAACAAAGACUGACUGUCGUAGUGGAGGACAACGGGCAGCCCUCUCGUUCGGCUACGGUCGCGGUCAACGUGGCGCUGGCGGACGGCUUUUCCGAAGUGCUGAGGUCGGAGUUCGCCGACGACUUUAGCGAGGACUACGACGAGCGGCUGACUUUUUACUUAGUCUCGGCUUUGGCCGCGGUCUCCUUCCUCUUCGUCGCCUGCUUGCUGCUUAUCGUGUCGCUCAAAGUGUACAGGUGGAGACGGUCUCGCGUCCUGUACCGCUCCGACCUCCCCGUCAUUCCGUAUUAUCCGCCGCGCUACUGCGACACGUUGGGGACGGCGGGGACGCUCCCGCACGUCUACAAUUACGAGGCGUGCGCCGCCGCCAAGAGUCACGUGACGAACACGCAAGCCGUGAGUCAAAGUUUAGUGAGUGUGGACGGAGCGGACGCUGACGUGCCGCACGGCGGCGAGCAGAUGUCAGGGAACUGCUCUCGGAUGUCGACUUUGGUGAGUCAAAUCAGUACAUUUGUUUCAAUAUAUGUUUAUCAGAGUUUAUAUCAUGGAGAACCCUUGUUCUUGUAUUGAUGCAUAUUUUAAAGUCAUUACAUUUCAUUUGCAGUCGUGUGUUCAGAACCUGAAAGCCAUGCUAGAUUAAAAGUAGACAGAAAUAGGGCAUCUUCUCAUUGGAAAGGGGAGAAGAGAUUUGGU